GAGAGAGAGAGAGAGAGAGAGAGAGAGAGAGAGAGAGAGAGAGAGAGAGAGAGAUGGCUUUGUAUUUGUUGCUUCAGCUCUUCUGGCUAGCAACAACACCAGAAGGAUUAGCAUCACAACCUUUAGUAACAACCAAGCCCGGCUGCCCUGACAAAUGCGGGAAGGUUGACAUUCCUUAUCCGUUUGGUAUCGGCGAUAGAUGCAACAUUGGCGUCGGAGGCUUCAAUAUCACCUGCAACGAUACUAAUAAUGACCCUCCAAAACCGUUUUGGGGUAGGCUUGAGGUUUUCGAAAUAUCAUUGCUUUCAGGCGUAAUGAGAAUUUCAAACCAUAUAAGCUGGGAUUGUUACAAAAAGACAGGAGAAUUGCAGUCCAAAUCCAUCAAGUGGGUCCACUUGUUCGAUAAUCCGUCGUUCACGUUCUCAGAAACUCAUAACAAAUUCACGGCCAUCGGUUGUGAUACCUACGCCUACAUCACUGGCUCGUGGGGCCGCAACUUCACAAGUGGUUGUAUGUCAUUAUGCAGCAACACUGACAGCGUGAUCGACGGUGAUUGUUCCGGGAUAGGAUGUUGCCAAACCUCUAUACCAAAGGCUUUCAAGAGAUUCGAGGUUGAGCUUGGUAGCUACUACAAUCAUACAAACGUCUCGACUUUCAACCCGUGCAGCUACGCAUUUCUGGUGGAUCAAAAUGCUUUUAGCUUCAAAGCAUCUGACCUGGAAGGUAUCAAAUUUUGGAAUAGAAGCAAAACCGUUCCAGUGGUGGUUCACUGGGCCAUCAGAAAUGAAUCAUGCGAGAUCGCACAGAAGGACUCGGCCACCUUCGCUUGCGUGAGUGAGAAUAGCCACUGUUACAACUCGUCUAAUGGUCUGGGUUACCGGUGCAAUUGCUCUGAAGGUUACCAAGGAAAUCCUUAUCUUCCCGAAGGGUGCCAAGAUAUCAACGAGUGUGAGAAGGAUGAGGUGAAGAAACGUUGUCAACAUGAUUGCAUAAAUCUGCCAGGAAGUUAUUCAUGUUCUUGUAGAAAAGGCUACCAUGGACUCCGCGAUGACAACGAAGCUUGCCUUAAAGACACACAUGAAUUUCCAUUAGUCUCCGUUGUUCUAGGUAUUGGCUCAAGUCUCUUAUUUCUACUCAUCAGUAGUCUUUCUUUGUAUUGGGCAUGGAGGAAAAGAAGACUCAUCAAACUCAAAGAAAAAUUCUUUAAACAAAAUGGAGGUUUCCUAUUAAAAGAAAAGAUCUCUUCUCGUCAAUCAUCUGCCGAGCCAUGCAAAAUCUUCACUACAGAAGAGUUGAGAAAGGCAACCUAUAAUUAUGACAAGAGCCAAAUUGUUGGUGAGGGAGGUUAUGGUACUGUUUACAAAGGAAUCUUACCAGACAACUGAAUUGUCGCCGUUAAAAAGUCGAAAAUAGUGGAUGAGACCCAAAUCGAGCAAUUUAUAAAUGAAGUCCACGUCUUAUCUCAGAUCAUCCAUAGGAACAUUGUGAAGCUCUUGGGUUGCUGUUUAGAAGCUGAAGUUCCCAUCCUGGUUUACGAAUUUAUUUCCAACGGAACCCUCUUCCAGCAUAUCCAUGGUGAGGGCUAUGCUUCAUCAAUUUCCUUGGAAAACCGUCUAAGGAUUGCUGCAGAAACCGCGGGGGCACUUUACUAUUUACACUCAGCAGCUUCCACACCCAUUUUUCAUAGAGAUGUCAAGUCUGCCAACAUACUUUUGGACAACAAUUUCACGGCGAAAGUGUCUGAUUUUGGAGCUUCAAGAUUGGUUCCAUUAGAUCACACUCGGAUAACGACAUUGGUGAUGGGGACAUGGGGAUACUUGGAUCCAGAGUACCAUCAAACAGGCCAAUUAACAGGAAAGAGUGAUGUUUAUAGCUUUGGCGUAGUUCUUGUGGAACUCUUGACAGGCGAGGGGCCCAUUUCUUCCACUAGAUCACAAGAUAAUAAAAGCCUUUCCAGCUACUUCCUCUCAUCAAUGAAAGAGAAUCGGCUGUUUGAAAUUUUAGAGGAACGAGUUCGAGAUGAAGGGGGAGAAGAACAGCUGAUCGCAGUUGCUCAGCUUGCUAAGAGAUGCUUGAAACUUAAAGGAAAAGAACGGCCUACAAUGAAGGAAGUGGUGGUGGAGUUGGAGGGCCUAAGAAGGUUUCAUGAACAUCCUUGGGAGCCAAAAAACCAUGAAGAGACUAAGAACUUGCUAGGUGAAGCUGGACCUUCGCAGAGCUACUCUGGCAAUGUAACAAAUGAAUAUAGUGUUGAUGGCCACACCCUAUCAGCACUAGAGACAGGGCGUUGAUUCUUUUCUAUUCAAUUUCCACCAAAAAGAUUUGGCCACACUUAUUUGUUUCGAAGGUAAAACAUUAAUGUAUUAUGGUGCGAAGGGAGAUAUCUUUGAGGUAAAAAAGUGCUAUAUUCGCCUAGGAGUAAGUGUUAUACAGCUGCUUGACUGAUGUCCACCGUAAUGUGGUGUGUUCAAGUAUAAAAUACACAUGUACAAGUAGCAUAUGUACAACUAUAUGGAUACAUUUCUGUUUAUCUACUAAGAUCUCCUACAUA